AUGACAGUCACAGUAGGCGUGCUUGCUCUACAAGGCGCCUUCCUGGAGCAUCUGGUGCUCUUACGAAACGCUGCAGUACGUCUGAACGAGAAGCAAGGAUCUUUCAAUUUCAUCGAGGUACGGAAUAAGGAAGACCUGUCGCAAUGCGAUGCGUUGAUCAUUCCUGGUGGUGAGAGCACCACAAUCUCUUUGGUCGCUGCUCAAUCCGACCUACUCGAACCGCUACGGCAAUUCGUCAAGGUUGACCGAAGACCAACUUGGGGCACAUGCGCAGGUUUAAUCCUGCUCGCCGAGGCCGCAAAUGCCACCAAGAAGGGCGGACAGGAACUCAUCGGCGGCCUUGAUGUUCGAGUCAACCGAAAUCAUUUCGGCAGACAAAUUGAGAGCUUCCAAGCUGACCUUAACUUGCAAUUCCUGGAUGACAAAUUUCCCGGCAUUUUCAUCCGCGCCCCCAUCGUCGAGAAGAUACUGCCUAAUAUUUCGGGUUCGCAGGAGAGUGAGCAGAGGCUUGCAGAUACCGUAGUCGCGCCUUCCCGAACAGCAAAGGACGAUGCGGCUCGAGCUGCUAUGGGCUCUGAAGUUGAAGUUCUAGGCACUUUGCCUGGUCGGCUCCGCAAAGCAGCCAAACAGGGAGCUGAAGUCAAUGCUGAGGAUGACGUUGGCGACAUCAUUGCGGUACGGCAGGGCAACGUCUUUGGGACCAGCUUUCAUCCAGAAUUGACUGCCGAUACUCGGAUACAUCAAUGGUGGCUUCGGGAAGUCCAGGCUGCGCUUCAGCGGAGAUCCGUGUGA